AAUGUUUAAAUUAUCGGAGCUUGUUCGGUGGCUUGGCCUCACCGAGUUUGAAAUAAUGGUAAAUUUGUGUGGACUUCUUGUUUUUACAAUUACACUGGCAUUUCGAAUAUCGGGAACAAUUGGAAAGAAUACUGUCGACUGGUUUACCAUAUUCAGCCCAUUGUUUUGCGUUGAUAUAUGCAAUGCCUACUUCUGUAUAAUCGUCUUGUUGCGGAUGUAUUUGGAUUCUGAAAACAAACGAAAAGCCUUGCAUCGUUUUAUGUGGAGCACAUAUUUUCUUUUUCUAGUAGCUAUUUUUAAAUACUUGCUGUGCCUGAAAUUGAGCGGGCAAACUAAUUUAGAAUACAGCGAAGUAUUUUCCCCCAUAUUUGUUCUGCUCCAACUUGUUGCUGUUCGUGCAUGCCAACUCCCCAACUCCGUUUAAUAUGGUACA